UUGGAGGCUUGCCCCCUCUUUCCAAGCACAGUGGAGAAGGAAUGCCAAACCCAGAGAGACAUGGGGGCAAGAAGGAUGCAGGGGGAGGUGGGUCCUUGCAUCAGGAUGCAGUGGCGAGUGGUGGGAGCUCCAACAGCAAAGAGAGGAACCGGCUCUCCAAGCACAAAAGGCACAAGUCCAGGCAUUCCAAAGACUCGCCCUUGGGUUCCCACGAAGCAGCCGCAUCUCUGGGCAGCAUGAUCAAACCGCUUGUGGAGUACGAUGACAUCAGUUCUGAUUCCGAUACCUUCUCGGAUGAAGCAGUUGUCAAGCUGGAACAUCGGGAGAACGAUGAGAAGAAAGGGGCAUCGGAGAGGAGUGACCGGUUACACAGGCAUCGCCAUCACCAGCACAAGCGUGUCCGUGAGCUGAUGAAAAGCAAGCAGGUGGACAAGGAAAAGAGGCCAGAGAGGAACCAAGAGUUUUCGGGCAAGCUGAGUUCCACUAAGGAUAGAGUAUCAGGGACCUCCAAAAGACUCCAUGAAGAGAACGAUGACCACUCCUCAAAGUCAUCCAAGAGCAGUAGCAAGGAGUCCCGCUCAGCCAAAUUGCAUAAGGAGAAGUCCAGGAAAGAGCGGGAAGUGAAAUCUGGGCACAAAGACCGCAGCAAAGGCCACCGGAAAAGGGAUGCCCCUAAGAGCUACAAAUCGGCCGAUAGUCCAAAGCGGAAAUCCAGGAGCCCCCACCGCAAAUGGUCAGACAGUCCAAAGCAAGAUGACAGCGCUUCAGGUGCAUCCUACACCCAAGACUAUGACCUAAGUCCACCACGUUCGCACACAUCUAGUAACUAUGAUUCUUACAAGAAGAGCCCCAGCGGGUCCUCACGGAGGCCAUCAGUUAGCCCACCAUACAAGGAACCUGCUGCGUAUCAGUCUAAUGUACGCUCUCCUAGCCCUUAUGGGAGGCGCCAACGAUCUGUUAGCCCGUACAGCCGGAGACGAUCAUCCAGCUAUGAGAGGGGAAGUGGAUCAUACAGUGGACGGUCCCCCAGUCCAUUCAAUCGAAGGCGUUCCAGUAGUCCUUUUAUCUCCAAGCGGUCGCUGAGCCGGAGUCCUGUGUCCAGGAAACCCGUGAAAUCCCGAAGUAGAAGUCCUGCUUAUUCAAGGCAUUCAUCUCACAGCAAAAAGCAGAGAUCUGGGUCCCGCAGCCGCCAUUCCAGCAUCUCCCCUGCUCGGCUCCCGUUGAACUCUAGUCUGGGUGCUGAGCUGAGCAGGAAGAAAAAGGAGAGGGCGGCUGCAGCAGCAGCAGCUGCAAAAGUUGAUGGGAAGGAGACCAAGGACUCUCCUAGUUUUUUGUCUAGGAAAGAGAACAGCUUGGCUGAAGUUAAAGAGCUGGCAUCGGAGGCCAAGAAGACAAAAACAACGAAGCCUGAAAAGUGCCCUUCUGAUGUGGAGCCAGCAAAUGUGGUACAGCACAAUGCAGAGGCAAAAACUGCUGCUGAUCUUGUAAAAACAAAGGUGGUGGAAAACUCAGAGAGGAAGCCGCCUGCUCCGCCGAAAGACUCGAAAGCAAUGGGAACAAAAGAUGUGAAGCCUGUUAUUGUCAAGGAGGAAGCUGUGACUCCCAUGGAAACAGAGACAGCCGAGAAGGAGGCCCCGCCUUCUUUGCCUUCUGCAAAGUCACUACCUCCCCUGCCAGCAUCAUCGCCCCCUCCCCAGGCUCCGCCUCCCUUGCCCCCUCUGCCUCCAUCGCUGGUGGCUCCCCCUCUGCCCCCUGCCCAGUCACCUGCUGUGCCCACCCCUGCUUCUGCUCCUUCAUCUUUGCCAGCCUCUGCCCACUCCAGGACAUCUCUGACUACUCAGGUCAACUCUCAACCCACUGUGCAGUCCUCCUCGAAAGUGCACAUCUCGGUAACAUCCGCUGUCCCCCACCUGAAGACGUCAACAUUGCCCCCGCUCCCUUUCCCGCCUGUCCUGCCUGGGGAAGAUGACGUGGAGAGUCCAAAGGAGAUUGUUCCUCCAAAACCCGUGAAGAAGGAGAAAGAGCAGAGACCACGGCACUUGCUCAUGGACCUCCCACUCCCCCCAGAGCUUCCUGGUGGAGACCCUUCACCUCCUGAGUCUCCGGAACCAAAGGCAGCCACACCACCUCAGCAACCGUUGAGAAAGAGACCAAAAAUCUGUUGUCCUCGUUAUGGUGAGAGGAGACAGACAGAAAGUGACUGGGGAAAGCGUUGCGUAGACAAAUUUGACAUCAUUGGCAUUAUUGGCGAAGGGACAUAUGGGCAAGUGUACAAAGCCAAGGACAAGGACACAGGUGAGUUGGUGGCUUUGAAGAAAGUGCGGCUAGACAAUGAAAAGGAGGGCUUCCCUAUCACAGCCAUUCGCGAAAUCAAGAUCCUCCGACAGCUGAUCCAUCGUAGCGUUGUCAACAUGAAGGAAAUAGUAACGGAUAAACAAGAUGCACUGGAUUUCAAGAAGGACAAAGGUGCCUUUUACCUUGUGUUUGAAUAUAUGGACCACGACCUCAUGGGAUUGCUAGAAUCUGGAUUAGUGCAUUUCUCUGAGGACCACAUCAAGUCUUUCAUGAAGCAGUUGAUGGAGGGGUUGGACUACUGUCACAAAAAGAACUUUCUGCACCGAGACAUCAAGUGCUCCAACAUCUUAUUAAACAACAGCGGGCAGAUCAAGCUAGCAGACUUUGGACUUGCCCGGCUCUACAGUUCAGAAGAAAGCCGUCCAUACACCAAUAAAGUUAUUACGUUAUGGUAUCGACCACCUGAGUUGCUGCUAGGUGAAGAACGCUACACACCAGCCAUAGAUGUCUGGAGCUGUGGUUGCAUCCUUGGGGAAUUAUUUACCAAGAAGCCUAUUUUUCAGGCCAACCUUGAGUUGUCCCAGCUCGAAUUAAUCAGCCGGCUCUGCGGGAGUCCCUGCCCGGCUGUGUGGCCGGAUGUCAUCAAAUUACCCUAUUUCAACACCAUGAAACCGAAGAAGCAAUACCGUAGGCGCCUGCGGGAAGAGUUUUCCUUCAUCCCUUCUGCUGCUCUCGACCUGCUGGACCACAUGCUGACGCUGGACCCCAGUAAACGGUGCACAGCAGAGCAGGCCUUGCAGAGUGACUUCCUGAAAGAAGUUGAUGUCAGCAAGAUGGAUCCUCCAGACCUCCCUCACUGGCAAGACUGCCAUGAACUGUGGAGCAAGAAACGUCGACGGCAACGGCAGAGUGGGAUUGUGGUAGAAGAGCCGCCUUUAGCAAAGAUUUCCCGGAAGGAGACGGCCUCCACAGUCAGCACAGACACCAUCAAGAAUCACAGCAGUCCAGCGCACCCACCGCCUUCCCAGAUCAAAAGCCACCCAAGUGCCGGAGACUCAUUUGCUGGACUUGGCGACAUCACACAGCAGCUGAACCAGAGUGAGCUGGCUGUCUUGCUGAACUUGUUGCAGAGCCAGACGGACCUCAGCAUCCCGCAGAUGGCCCAGCUGCUCAACAUCCACUCGAACCCGGAGAUGCAGCAACAGCUGGAGGCCCUCAACCAAUCCAUCAACGCUCUGAAUGAAGCCACCACGACCACGCAGCCGGGCUCUCAGAACGCCACGGAAGAGGAAGUGGCCCCCGAGGAGCCGGCCCAGCUACCGGAGGAGCAGGCCACCCCAGAAGCAGCGGGCCCUCAGGGAGACAUGCAGAAUGUACUGGCCAUGUUGCUGAGCCAGCUCCUGAAGAACCAGGAGCCCACAGCCAGCGGCGAGGAGAGCAGUAGCGAAAAGAGCUGUGAGCCGCGGGGGGCGCAGAAAACCCCCACUUUGCCUCAGGAGGAAACCGCAGCCUGUCCUCACAUUCUCCCACCAGAGAAGAGACCCCCCGAGCCUCCUGGACCGCCGCCGCCCCCAAAUCUGGCUGAGGAGAACAUCUCCGACGCAGCUCAGGAGUUGAAUCCAGCUGUCACAGCUGCCCUCCUCCACCUUCUAUCCCAGCAAGAGGCAGGGCCGCCGAGCCACCCAAAGCAUGAACCCCAACCGGCAAGGCCCUCCUCGGAUUACGCCCGGUCACAGCCCUCAGCCAGGACUUACGGCGCUGAUGGGCAAGAGGGCAGCAGCUUUGACGUCGACGAUCGGGAUUCCAGCCAGACGUUGACAGAGACGUCGCCCCAGACUUUGGGGAAAAGUAGGACCUUUCUGGGCUCCGCGAGUCACCUCGGGGAGUCGAGCAGCUACCAGGGUGCAGGAUCUGUUCAGUUCCCCGGGGACCAGGACCUCCGUUUCACUCGAGUCCCCUUAGGGAUACACUCUGCCGUCGGGCAGUCCUUCGUCAAAACUGAGGGGAGCCACAACGCCCUGGCGCACCCAGAGGCCAAAAUCCACAACUACAGUGAGGUGGGAGCGGCAAACGCUAGUUCUAGUGAUGCAGGAACCAGUCACACGUGGGGGAAUCCGGUCCAGUCCGCUGCUUACGGAAAUGCCUUUCGUGGGCCAAGUAGAGUGCCCCCGAGAGGGGGACAGGGAAGAGGGGUACCUUAUUAAAUGACUGGAGGGGGUGGUGUCUUUGGAAA